CAAAAGCAGUUUCCCACUCCAAGAGGAAAGUGGCAUAUAGUAGUAACUAACAACAAACCGCAAGCCAAUAAGGCACGUCUCUUGUGUGUUUGUUUUUUUCCUUUUGAUUAUCCAAUAAAAUAGAGCUUUUAGCGGUGGUCGGUUAGAACAAAGUCUAAACAAAGAUUUCUCUCCGGCGGUUAUGGAGCAAGAUAGGAGGCUUGAACUCAUAGACCAAGCAAUUCAGAAACAUAUUCACGACAACAAUCAUAACCUUAAAGACCACGAAACUGAAUACAAACAAACUCUCUCCCACCUAUUCUCUGUGUCUCAGCAGUUGGAAAUGUCUAAAGGAGGUGAAACGGUUAAGCAAUCUGAAGCAUCUAGUCCUUUAAAGCAGGUGGAUUCUGCAAUUGAGAAAACAAAAGGUGAAACUGCGGAUGGUGACAAGGAUGAGAUAAUCAAAGAGUUGAAAAAGGUGAAGAAGCAGAAUUUUGUGACUCAUUGUCUUCUUUCAGCGAUGAUUGUCCUCACUGUGGCUUGGCAACUAUCAGAGGUUUCACUUGUUAUGAGAGUGAAGGAUGGAAUGAACCACCCAUUUAGAUCCGUUGGGAAUAUGUUCAAAGAGAUGGUGAAAGAUGUUUCUGGCAGCAAUGGUCAGGAUGCUGCUGGUGACAAAGAAAACAAUGAAUCUACUUCUCUUCCUUCUCUUAAGAUUCCAGAUAUGACCAACGUGGAUGUACCGAAUUUCGGAAAGUAAUAAAAAUUGUCAUUUUCUUUUAAGUGGUUGAUCAUCCACUCUCAGUUGGUUGAGCUUGAAAGUUAUAUUGAAAAGUUAAUUAAGGCCAUUGCUUGUAAUGUUCAUUCACACUUCACGUUGCAUUUUUGUGUAAUUGUCAAUAGGUGGAAGUUACGUUUUCUUGUGCAAUUUGCGUAGUCAAUCAAUAAGUAUGAAAUCUAAAUUUCUUUAA